GAAGACGCUGACAAAAUGCAGAGUUUUCUGACCACUGUAAGCAACAAUGCAAGCAUGUUCCGGAUGCGAUUCUCCCCCUCGAAAUGCAAAAUGUCCCUUCAGGGUUAAGUUGCAUCGACACCCGAACUAAUGAUAGGGAGUGAAGUAGUUGAACGUUUCGACCUCCUGACUUAUCUGGGAAGUCUCAUCAGCCCUUGUGGUCUGGUGUGUGACGAAAUCUCAGCACGGAUACAGAAGGCUCGACUAACGUUCGCCAACUUGCGUCAUUUAUGGUGUAGGCGAGAUAUCCGUCUACCAACCAAAGGACGUGUUUACUGCACAGCAGUUCGUUCCUUCCUACUUGAUGGCAGUGAAACAUGGCCGGUAAGAGUAGAGGAUAUUCGUAGGUUACUAGUAUUCGAUCAUAGAUGUCUUCGAAACAUUGCCCGUAUAUCCUGGGAACAUCGAGUAAGUAAUGUAGUUGUCAGGAAACGGGUACUGGGUAAGGAUGACAAAUCAGUUGAUGAAGUAGUGAAACUUCAUCAGUUGAGAUGGCUGGGACAUGUGUUACAUAUGUCCAACCACCGACUGCCCCGACGUGCGAUGUUUUCUGGUGUAGGAGUAGGUUGUAAGAAAGCUAGGGGUGGCCAGACCAAAACAUGGCACAAAUCCAUGAAGUCACUGACAUAUGGACUAAGCCAUGUUGGUAGGUGUAGACUACCUUGUUGGGAUCCGCGAGACGAUAGCAACCGAUGGUUAGAGACCUUGAAUGACAUGGCUUAAAGUCGUUUGCAAUAGCGCAUCCAAUCUUUAUAUUCUCCCAAAUUCUAAUCUCCUGAAUUCCUCAUAUACCUUUAUUUUUCUCUUUCCAAAUUUAUUUCACUAGAUUAUACUCCUUGAAUAACAUCUUCAAGCCCUAAUGUUUCUGAUUACUGCUUUUACUCUUACUACAUCUACCACUACGGGAUUUGAAUCGAUAAUUGUAUCUGUGUACUAAUGUGGUAUGGCAACUCGAACUGAUGUACGUACGUUCGAAGUUCUACAUUGUUACUAA